AGGUCCGCGUAGCUGCACUAACAACACCCGCAACGUUUUCGCGGCGUCGGUGGUAACACCCUCUAAUUCUCUCCCUCCACCUACUUUUUUUUACAUUGGCAUCUCUCUCUCUCUCUCUCUCAUCUUUCAAUCUCAUGAUUGUUUAACGAGUCUUUUUUUCCUUUUAUCCUCUUUUAUUCUUUCUGUCCUCUUCCAUUUUUCGUUUUCAAGCGUCCGAUUCAGAUCUCCCGAAUCGGAUCACAAUGGCGGCAUCGCGGCGGCUCCGUGAUCUCCAAUCGCAACCGGGGAACAAGAUCUGCGUCGAUUGUUCACAGAAGAACCCGCAAUGGGCGUCUGUUUCCUACGGCGUUUUCAUGUGCCUAGAGUGCUCUGGCAAGCAUCGUGGUCUCGGUGUUCACAUAUCCUUUGUCCGAUCCGUCACCAUGGACUCAUGGUCUGAGAUCCAGAUCAAGAAAAUGGAAGCUGGAGGUAACGAACGGCUCAACGCUUUUUUAGUUCAGUAUGGCAUCCCUAAAGAGACUGAUAUCGUUGCUAAAUAUAAUACUAACGCCGCUAGCGUUUACCGGGAUCGAAUCCGGGCCCUUGCCGAGGGUCGACCUUGGCGGGAUCCACCGGUGGUAAAGGAAACAAUCGGUGGCAGGAAAAAGCCACCGCUGGCUCAAUCUGGUGGUAGCAGAGAUAAUAAUUAUUCUAGUAAUGGAGGAUGGGAUAGUUGGGACAAUCAUGACUCUUUUAGAUCUUCAAAUGAUAUGAGAAGGAACCAAUCGGUUAGCGAUUUUAGGGGUAAUAGCGGUGCUGGUGGUGGAAUGGGGGGUGUUCCCGUCAGGUCUAGAUCGACUGAGGACAUGUAUACCAGAGCACAAUUAGAGGAUUCUGCAGCUAAUAAGGAGAGAUUUUUUGCCAGAAAAAUGGCAGAGAAUGAAUCGCGUCCAGAAGGUUUACCGCCAUCGCAAGGCGGGAAGUAUGUGGGAUUUGGAUCGAGUCCUGCUUCUUCGCAGAGGAAUGAUAAUUCCCAAUCAGAUGUUCUCUCUGUUAUGUCUCAGGGUUUUGGUAGGUUAUCUCUUGUUGCUGCAUCUGCGGCUCAAUCUGCUGCGAAUGUCGUCCAAGCUGGCACGAAAGAGCUUACUUCCAAGGUGAGGGAAGGUGGGUAUGAUUACAAGGUGAAUGAAACUGUCAAUGUUGUUACUGCUAAAACAACAGAGAUUGGACAUAGGACGUGGGGCAUUAUGAGGGGGGUCAUGGCUAUGGCUACACAGAAGGUUGAGGAAUACACUAAAGAAGGCAGCUGGAAGACUGAUAACUGGCAACGAAAUGAAGGUGAUAGUAAUGGAUAUUAUCAUGACUUUAAUAAGCAAGAAAAUAAAGGAUGGAAUUCAUCAUCUGCUGGAGUACAAUCCUCAUCAAGCGGGCAUUAUAAUUCUUACAGCUCGAGUUCUUGGGAUAAUUGGGAUCAGAAAGACGCUAGGAAGGAAGAUAACAUAAAGGGCUCCGCAUCACAUAAUAAUGAUGGUUGGGCAGGUUGGGAUGACACCAAGGAUGAUGGAUAUGAUAAUUUCUACCAGAGCACACCUGAUAAGAAAACUGUUGGUCAUGAUGGGAAAUCAGAUGGCACAUGGACUGGAGGAGGCUUUCUUUAAGGUUGGCCUGCGCUUCAUUCUCUGCAAAACCCUGGUUGACCCCCAUGGUUUUUUUUUUUUUUUUUUUUUUUUUUUUUUUUUUGGGAAGGGGUGGCACCAUGGGGGUGGAAGGGGGGAAUUGCUAAAACUGAUGGAUAGCUGGUUGCAGUGAUUUUGGGUUGGUGGAUUUGAAUUUACUCUGGGUGCAGCUGAUAAGAAAGUGUUGGUUGCAUAUCAGAUAGAUCUGUGGUGAAUGGGGAAGCUUUUCUGUAGAUUGGUAUAUUUUCUGCAACUCCUUUUUCUUUCUUUCUUUUGAUCUCAAAAAAUUUGUAUUUUUUGGGAAGUUCUUGUAUGUUUGAAAGUAGUCAUAUAUGUACAACUUUGAACAGGGAGGGUUAAUUGCCCAAUCAAAGAAGACCGCACUGUUUGAGGAAACGUUAUUGUGGCUUGGAAAGUUAAAUUUGCUUUAUAUGUUUAAUGACUUAUUAAUUUCGAUUAA